UUGAGCUGGGAUUUUUGCACCAACCCACCGUGCAACUCUGUUAUUCCUGACAAAAUGUGUGUGAGGUAUCUGGGAUUUGUGCUUCUGGCUUGGCUUCCAGUCGUCCUAUACGGACAAACAGUGGAGUUGCCUUGCAGUCCCCCAGAACUCAAUGAUGGGUAUUUUGUCCCACAGGAAAAAACAUAUCAUCAUGGAAACACGCUGACUUACAGUUGUGAGACUGGCUUUAAACCAGUGGUGGAGGGCUGGUGGGCAACAAGCACAUGUCAGAAUGGCAAAUGGUCUCAUACCCCUCAGUGUAUAGAUGGAAGCUCCUGCCUUCCACCAACUAUUCCAAAUGGAAAGUAUGAAAAAGCUCAAAAUGGUUGGUAUGAAGACACACACGAGAUCACGGUAACAUGCGAAGAUGGGUUUGAACUGAAACGCCGCUCCAACACAGCCCGAUGCUUAGCUGGAGGAUGGUCUUCUUUUCCUGUUUGUGAAAGAAGAAAUGAUGCAUGUGAUGAGCCUGACCAAAUCCCACAUGCAGUUAUCAGACACGAACCCAAGGAGGUGUACGCCCAUGAUUCUCAGCUGCAUUAUGAAUGUGAACCUGGAUACACUACAAGGGAACCAGACGACAGAAAUUUUAUCUCUUGCAGAGAAAGAACCUGGACUUCAGGACCAGCAUGCACUCCUGCAUGUAUGUUGGAUCCAACUGGGCUUGAUAUCGACCAAAGGUCACAUAUAGUCAUAAGUGAGGGAGAGACAAAGACCAUCAAUUGCAGGUCACCUCGCACCUAUCAGAUGCUUGCUAGGUGCGUUCAAGGAAGGAUAGAAAAAACCCGAUGCCGCAGUACGCAUGACAUUAAAUAUGGCUAUUUCCAAUUUGCUUGAACACUAUAAAAUUCACUACUUUUGGAUUCACCUACAACAAACGGAUAUUGAAACACCGUCUGCAAUGCUUGCCAGAAAACACCAAAGAAGAAACCUCCUUUUUUCACUUAAACUCUGUACACUCAGUGUCAGUGUUUCUGUUGAUUGCUGGUUGAUAGUAAACAUAGGAUGCUUGACUGUAUUUACAAUAAAAUAUCUCAACAAAAGUU